CGACCACACUCAACAGUAAUAUAUACGUGUAGAGUGUGAACUAAUACUUAUACAUAGUUGAUGUUUGUAAAUACACACGUGUACCCGGCGCAGGUAUAUUUCAUUUAAUGCGAAAUAUAUCGUUAAAACAUUGAAAAUAAACAAGUUUCUUGGUAAAAGGUAUUAGAUAUAAUUAAUAUCUAAUUUGUGUCUAAUACAUUAUUGAAAAUUUUAAAAAUUAAAUGAAUUAUUAAAUAGUGAUUCCACAAAGACAAACGAUUUCGCCUGAUUUUCAAUAUUUUUCUUCACUAUACAUUGGAAAUAAAAACAAAUGUAUACUUGCUGAAAGAAUGAAUUUUCGAAUAAAUCAAUUUUUGGAACGACCAGAGGGUCGAAAGUCUUGGUAUGAAUUAAGUGAUGAACAAAGGAAGAAAAUAAGAAAAUUAAAUGAAGAAAGUAUAUUAUACACUAACUUUAUUAGACAGAAACAAAUCACGGCAACUCUAGAAUCCCAAAAUGAUAGUAAUAUUGAAAAGUGUCGAGUUACCACAACACCACCAGGCAUUGCAAAUGAACAAGAGCAACUUAAUACUGUCGGCGAUUCGGAUUUUUUUAACAACAGUAGAGAUCACCACAUAAUUAUAUCUAAUAAAACUGAAGCUAUUGUUUCUGAUGCAUUAAAUGUUGCUAUUAAUUUAUCAAAUAAUAAUGUUGAAGACACUAACAUUAAUAUUGACCCUACCAAAAAUAUAGAUAACCAUCUAAUAACGCAAUUGAAUAAUGUCAUAGAAGACCACGAUUAUCAACAUCUUUCGACCACUGAAGAAUCAUUCCUGCGAGAUCUCGCUCAAUGUUUAGUUGAAAACAAUAUUAAUCAAUUCCAAAGCAAAGCAUUGUUAGCUGUACUACGUACUCAUCCGAAAUUGAAUUUUGUGCCGAAAGAUCCUCGAUCACUGAUCAAAACUCCGCGAGUAAAAGUUAAUGUGAAAGACGUAUCUCCAGGACAAUAUCUUCAUAUCGGCAUUAAAUCAACUGUAACAUCAUUAUUAGUACAUGUACCAUCGCAAUUAAUUCCAGAGAAACUACUUAUUGAUUUUAGCACUGACGGAGCUGAAUUGUUUAAUACCACACAAAUGUGGCCUAUUCAAAUUCGCGUGGCGAAUCUAAAUAAUAGCAAACCUGAGCUUGCUGGAAUAUACGUAGGACCAACAAAACCUCAAAAUUUCGAAGAAUUUUUUUUCGAGUUCGUCGAAGAAUCAAAACAAAUAAUUUUAAAUGGUGGUAUUAAAUACUCUAAUAAGUUGAUUCCAAUAGAAUUUCGAUGCUGCAUAGCUGACAGUCCUGCUCGGUCUUAUAUUUUAAAUCAUACUUCUCACGUUGGAAAAAAACCUUGUUCGAAAUGUGAAGUCGAAGGCUUUACAUUCAAGAAAUCGACACGUUAUCGCGGUAUCGAUCAUAAAUUAAGAACUGAUGAACAGUAUCGAAAUUUGUCAGAUGAAUCUCAUCAUAAAGGGCCAUCAGUAAUACGUGGUAUUCCAAUGGAUCUCGUGAAACAAGUUCCUUUCGAUUAUAUGCAUCUUAUUUGUCUUGUUGUCAUGAAGAAAGUGGUCGAAGCCUCAGUUUUCGGAAAAUGUGAGCCUAGAAAAUUGGAAAGUUUUAAAGUUGAGUUUUUGUCAAGACGUUUAAUUACUUUACAACAUUAUUGUCCACGUGAAUUCGCAAGAAUACCUCGAGAAUUAGAAAAAUAUAGUAAAUACAAAGCUACUGAAUUUCGACAACUGUUGUUAUAUACUUAUAUCGUUGUAAGUAAGGGAAUAAUUCCAAAUGUCCACUAUAAUCAUUUUCUUUUAAUUCAUGGAGCGAUGCGUGUGUUAUUAAAAGAUACAUCACCACCAGAAGAUGUUGAAUUUGCCGAUAAUGCCAUUAAAACCUUUGUUUCUGAAAGUGAAAAUAUAUUCGGGUUACAAUUCCUGACUUAUAAUAUUCACGGUAGCUUACAUCUAGUGUCUGAUUAUAAAUUAUAUGGCUCUUUAGAUUCUAUCUCAGCGUUCACAUAUGAAAAUCGUAUGCCAUUCUAUCGUUCGUACGUAAGAAAACCUGAUCAAAUUCUCCAACAAAUUUACAAAAGGACUCAGGAACAAUUGAAAUUCCAAAAUAAUGUAGACAGUCAUAAAUCAAUGUCAUUUAAAGCCUAUGAAAUCCAUCAUCAAGGUCCUAUAAUUGAAAGUUUAGAAAAAAAUUCAAUUCAAUACGAAAAUUUACAAUCACCUAAUUUUUUUUAUUCAAUCUAUGACAGCGAUAAUACUAUCAUAACAAAAGCAAACCGAAUUGGCAUAAUAAAAAAUAUAAUAUUUUAUAAAAACCAGUAUUUUUUUACAGUAAAUUUCUUUAAAGAAUUACGUUCAUUUUACACAAUUGUAAAUCAACCGUCUAUGAGAUUUGGAGUUUUUUUAUGCACGAAACUUGAUAAAACGACUACGGUAAUAACGUAUAAUGAAAUAAAGGCAAAAUGUUAUCGAAUGCCGUGUUGGGUACAGAAGCCGAUGAUAAACAAAGACACAAGUGAUAAUCAGAUAAAUAAUGCAUACGUAUGUAUUACUAUGUGAUUCUUAAAUAAUAUUUAUAUUUUUGUACUUUAAAGAGAUCAUUAUAUAUACAUUUAUAUAAACUUUUAUAAAUAUAAAAUUUUUAAUAAAGAUUAA